AUGUCGAACAAUCUAGUUUUCAUCACGGGAGCCACAGGCUUCAUCGGGGCGCAUGCUACCGCCAAGAUCCUCAAGGCGGGAUAUCUUGUCCGCCUCAGCGUCCGACGAAAUGAGCAGAUUGAGAAACUCCAGCGCCUUUAUAGCGAGUUUACGAGUCAGCUGGAGUUCGUGCUUGUGCCUGACUUUGCGAAACCAGAUGCCUUCGUAGAAGCCCUACGUGACGUCAAUUUCGUUGUCCAUAUUGCAUCUCCGAUGCUGGGACAAGGCUCUGAUUUUCAGAAGGAUUAUAUUGACCCAGCUGUUCGAGGCACCUUAUCAGUUUUGGAUACUGCCAAGUCCCUACCUUCUAUCAAGAGAGUCUUGGUUAUGUCCUCCAUCCUUGCACUAAUGCCUCUUGGUGCCUUGCAUGGACCACCAACUUCGAUUCAAGAGAACUCUGACAAGACAAUUGAGGUAGAUGUCAAUAUGGACAUUCCUGACGGCCCGAUCGGAAAUGCCAUUAUGUACCAGGGAUCAAAAAUACUGGCACAUGAAAGCACAAAAGACUGGAUUACGAAGAAUCAUCCUAAUUUCUCUGUGUUCACCUUCCAUCCGACAUUUGUUGUUGGUCCCAGCCUUUUCCAGGAACCCUCUGAGCAAGUCAACAGUAUCAACAAGUUCUUCAUUGACACAGUCCGUACUGGAAACAUUAUCAUACCGCCCAUCUUUGUCGAUGUGACCGAUGUUGCCAAUGCUUUGGCUGCGUCUCUGGAUGCCCCUAUCCCUGACACUCAGGAAAUCAUUAUUACAGGCCAACCUACAACGUGGGCCGACAUUGCGGCUGAAGUAGAGUCUCUCUACCCUAACGCGGAUUUCAAGCUUAAGCCAACUGUUGAAGAGGGGCCAUCGUGGUCAAUCUCACCUGUAGCAGCAAAUAAAUAUUUGAAGAUUGAAUGGAAGUCAUUGAGGGAGGUUAUUUCGGGUGUUUUGGGCCAGCAGCUUAAGCUUGAAGGUUAA